AUGGCCCAGCACACUACCAGCAGUACCAAAUUCUCUCUAACCCAGAAAAAGAAGCAGGUGACAGCAGGGGCAGACCACUUUUCCAAGACACUGGAUGGGAACGGGGUACUACAAGAUCAGAAUGUUGCAUAUAUGGUCAGAUUUCAAAGUUUUGACAAGUCCUGUGUCACGCCCAACAUCCAAAAAUGUUUAAAGUUCUACUUCUUCUUUUUCUUGGUCACCAGUGUCUCUUCUCUGAACUGCAAUUUACUUUAUUUCUACCUAAGAAAUGUCAACUGGGAUGCCAUGAUACUUCUGAGUAAGAUGAACAAAGAGUUUCCUCUCCACUGUCUAAAUAUUAAGAUGGACUUUGAGUUUUCCCAGGAGCUUCUACCACCUGACCAGUCUUUGAAUGAUGUUAAAAUAGUCAUCUAUGAGAUGUCUCAAAACAUUUUCAACAUCUUCAGUCAGAAUUAUCACUCACUCAUUUAUGGAGUGGAAAAUAUUCAAAAAAUUCAAAUUCGACUUGAUCAGCAAACUGAAUAUCUACAAAGAUGCUUGGAGGAAGAUAAGAAAGAGGUAGAAGAUGAAGUUAGUUACUCAGGACUUGCUGUUCUCCAGGUGAACAACCUGGAACUUAAGAAAUAUUUCAAGAGGAUAGACAAUUUCUUAAAGGAGAAGAAAUACAGCAAGUGUGCAUGGGAGAUAGUCCAACUGGAAAUGAGAAGAUGUUUCUACAUACUUCAGAAACUCAUAUCAAAACUCAAAUAA